UCCCUUGCACAACUCCUACUAGCAGAAUAUUUGUACAUUUCGUACAUUUCUUUAUUCGCUUUUGCAAUGUUUGGCAGAGUAUGGAAGUUUAUCAAACGUCACAAAAAGAAGCUUAUUUUCACAGGAGUUCUUCUUUACGGCGGACAUCACCUGUACCGCUAUGUUUCCAAUCAACUAAAGGAGUUCCAGGAAAAGGAGACUGCUGAUUGCUUAGAGCAAGCACGGAGACAGCAUCACUUUGACAGUAAUCAGAGGACUUGCAAUAUGACAGUUCUAUCAAUGCUUCCAACAUUAAGAGAGAAGUUAGUGGCUCUGCUCAAUACAGAGAGGAUCACAGAACUCUUGAAAUCAAAUCCACAAAAUAAACUUGAACAUUGGGAAGAUUUGAAGCUGUUAAGUAUAACACGUGUGAUAUGUACUGUGUAUGCUUGUUGCCUCAUGUGUUUGCUGCUGCGGGUUCAACUCAAUAUCAUCGGAGGCUACAUGUACGCUGACAAUGUCCGGCAACACAAGAACAUGGUACAGUAUCCAUCUCACAUGAAAUCCAACACCAUGCUUCCCGUGACCCCGACUGAAGUGCAGGAGAGAUAUCUGGGAUUAGUGAGAGAGUUCUUUGAUAAAGGUUUAGAAAGUUUAGUCCUAAAGGUUAAAGAAGCUGUGUUCAAGGAAACCAAAAGUAUGUCAUUAAAAGAAAAGUUAUCACUUGGUAACCUGGAGACUAUGCUGAAGGACAUUAGAGGGCGCGUGGAGAAUGGCCAUGAGCGGGAACACCACUUACCGGCCACCGCAACCCUCACUGACCUUCUCAUAUGCUGGAACACAGACAUUCAGACAUCAAAUAUAGAAGACGAAACUUACAGUAAACUUCUACAAGAAACCAAAGAUAUAUUGGAAAGUGGUGAUUUUCAUGUAGUGUUGGGUUCUGCAUUAGAUCGAGGAUUUUCCAAGCUGCAAGACUACUUUGCUGAGCACUACAAGCCUUUACAGAAAACAGAGUCCACAAUACUACAUUUGCAUGAAGUGUCGGUACCUGUGGCGAAACUUAUACCAUACAUUAACAGCCUUCUGUUCAAGCUAGGCAGUGAUGCUCCAAACCCACUAGUGCAGGAACUUUUGUUACUUGAGCAGACAAAGACCCUGGCUGCCAACAUCUAUGAAGCGUUCAGCCAGAUCGAGGAUACAGAAGACCCGCAGUUCGCUCCUUGAACAUGUCAACAUCAUAUAUGAUGAUUACCAGUGUAAUAUAAAAACUGUGCCCGUGAGGCUGAUAAACGGUGGUUGUAAUCCAUACAUACAAUAGUGAUAAGGAUUGCAUUAUUUUAGGGUUUUAGCUAAAGAGUUAUGGAAGGUUGAUGCACCCUUUAUGGACUAAAUAUUAGUCUCAAAAAUAUGUGAUUAGAAUUAUAAAUACAUACUGCUUUAUAUACGGUAUUUGAUGGUUUAAACCUAAAAUUCCUUCAAUUUUUAACAUGCUUGGUGAAGUUCAUAAAAGUGUUCACAGCCCAUUACGUUUUACCCUUUUCUUCCUUGACACCCUGUCCUUUAAAAACCUAGCUAACAUUCUAAUUAUUUUGACUUUUAAAGGAUUUUGUAUCAAAUAUGAGAAAAAUAUUUGUAGUUACUGACUGACUGAAACAUGUUCUUCAUGACUUAGAACUUUAAUAAAUUAUUAAAAUUGAA